CCUCCCCCCCCCGGCUCGGUCACAUGGCGGUGGAGGUGCGAGGGGAGCCGCGUGCCGGCGGGCAGGGGCGCCGCCUUGUCACGGUCCUGUCAGGGCGGGGGCGGGUGGGUCAGGCCCCCCCCCCCGCCGGCGCCGCCGCCAUUUAACCCUCUUCGAAGGGCGAGGGCACAUGAUGUGAAGGGAACUGGUGGGGGGUCUGGUUUUAGGUGGAAACAGGGCCACCAGAGGAAACCUUGUCCCUGCUGACGUGGCCAUCCUGUCCUGUCGCUGCUGCUGGCCUACAGCCUCGGGCUGGCCGUGUCCUCCCUGCUCGGGGAGCAGCGCGAGGCCGUCGGGAGCGCCCUGUACGCCCAGCCAGCAGCGUGCGAUGCCUCUCUUUGGGAACACCUUCAGCCCGAAGAAGACCCCCCCCAGGAAAUGUGCCUCUCUCUCCAACCUGCACUUGCUGGAUAGAUCCACUCGUGAGAUUGAGCUGGGCCUGGAGUAUGGCACCCCCACCAUGAACCUCGCUGGGCAGAGCCUGAAGUUUGAAAAUGGCCAGUGGGUGGCAGAAUCAGGAAGCUUCACGGGGGAUCACAGGGAAAUGCAGCGCUUGCGCAGACGAAACCAGCAGCUAGAGGAAGAAAACAACCUCCUUCGGCUGAAAGUGGAUAUUCUGCUGGACAUGCUCUCCGAGACCACAGCCGAGUCCCACCUGAUGGAGAAGGAGCUGGAGGAGCUGAAGACCCGCAGCCGGAGGAGGAAGUGAAGACGACGAGGUGGCUGGAGGACGGGGGAGCCAGGAGCCUGGCUCUGUGCCUCAGCUGCUCCUGCGCUGGACGCCGGGGCUGGCCGGGGCCUCCUAGCUGCCUCGGUACACUGUAUAGGUACUUCGUUCCAUGGGACUGCGAGUAACAAGGUGCCUCCAGCAUCGCAUGGUGCUGUCGGUCCCACAUAACGGCUGGUUUGGCACCCCAACAAGUCACGCCAUGACGCUGUCAAUUAACACGUUUGUUCUCGAAGCACUUUACCUUGCUACAUUUCCUCUCCGCAGCCCAGCUGUAGGUACCCUCUUUCCUAAGGCAGCCUGACAACAGGCGGUGGAGAAGAUCCACCUCCGGGUGGGCCCCUCCUUGCUUUCUGCGCUUAAAAACGUGGGGAGACCCCUGCCCCCCCAAAUUGUCCCCUUGGGGGGGCCCUGGGGGCGCUUGUACAAGUUUCACCGCCUGCCUUUGGCAAGCAGGAUGCUGGAGUUGCUUGUUCUCAAGAGUUUUGCAUACUUUACAUUAAAAAAAAUUACA